AUGAAGGUCUUCGCCAUCGCCACUGCUGUCCUGGCUACUUGUGCCAUCGGGGCACCGGUCCUCAGUGCUCCACAACGAGUGAGCAAUGACGUGGAUGAUACAUUCGGCACUGGGUACUACAAACGAGCUGAAAAUAUAGGAACAACAGCCCUCAGAGCUACUACAGACGAGGAAACUGGCUACUACAAACGAGCAGGAAACGACGUCGACAUGGGCCGUAAUCCCAAUACCUACUACAAAUAA